AUGAAAUCUUUCGCAUGGUUGAUCUACCUCCCCAUGAUGGCAGAGGCUGGCGAGGUCCUAUGGAGUGGACUGUUCAAGGCCUCUGCGACCGUGGCUGACUUUGACAAAUGGUCCUGGUCUAACCAAGUCGGCGCUUGGCAAUGGUAUAUUCACGGCACCGCAUCAACAGACGAGUACCUGGGACUCUCGCCUGAUCACAAGAACCCAGCCGAUACCAGCGAAGAACAAGGCAUCCGAAUCACAAUUGACGGCACAUCCUUCUGGAAUGGCCAGACGAUGGAACGAUCCGAGCUGAUCCCCCAAACGACCGCGGAUCUGGGCAGUGGCCAUUUGUACUACCACUUUUCAUUGAAGACCAAUGAGACCAAUGCGCCCAAUCCCAAGUUUGAGCACCAGAUUGCUUUCUUCGAGAGCCACUUCACCGAGCUUAAAUACGGUCUCAUGAGCGGCGAUUCUGCCGACUCGGACAACACCCUGCGAUGGUGUGUGGGUGGGACAUCACACUGGACGACUCAGCUCGAAGCUGGGAACUGGUAUAACUUUGCCUAUGACAUCGACUUUGAUACGCAGACGGUCGGGCUCUGGGCAUCGAAUGGGUCUAGCCCGUUGACGCAGGUCGUCUCGGGUGUAGCUACCUCAGCUUCCACUAAUUCGGCGGAUUGGCAUAUCGGCGAGUUACGGCUUGACAAUGGGGGAUCGGACUCGGCUGCGGAAGACUGGUUCUGGUCUGGCAUCUUCGUGGAGAGAGCUCCGAUUACGGCGGCAAUGGCGGGACCGAAGUGA